GAUCAGACCAUAUUGUCGAUUGCCGAGUGCAAAUCGGGAGGUUUGUUGUCAUUACGGUUUACAUCCACGUUAAGAUGAAGCUUUCAAAAUACAAUUAAACAGCGGCUGGUUUAAAUAUCUUACUGCAAUAGUCCGCUUUAUUCUCGUUGAAAGUCAGUUCUGAUAAUAUUAGCAGACCCAUGGUGACCCAUAUGGACCCCACGUCUAAGUCUGGGUUGAAUCAGGUAUCAGAUGUGGUGUUUGUCAUAGAAGGAACUGCAAACCUUGGUCCAUAUUUUGAAUCACUUCGGAAGAAUUACAUACUACCAACUAUAGAGUAUUUUAAUGGAGGACCACCUGCCGAAACAGAUUUUGGAGGAGAUUAUGGUGGUACCCAGUAUGGACUGGUGGUCUUCAACACAGUGGAUUGCGCUCCAGAAUCUUACGUCCAGUGCCAUGCUCCAACCAGCUCGGCUUUUGAGUUCGUCUCCUGGAUUGACAGCAUUCAAUUCAUGGGAGGCGGAGCAGAGAGCUGCAGUCUCAUAGCUGAGGGUCUUUCUGUGGCCCUGCAGCUCUUUGAUGACUUCAAAAAGAUGAGGGAGCAAAUUGGCCAGACUCACAAGGUUUGUGUAUUGCUGUGUAAUUCUCCGCCAUACUUACUGCCAGCUGUGGAGAGCGUCACCUACACAGGCUGCACUGCAGAUAGCCUGGUCCAGAUCAUACGUGACCGGGGGAUCCACUUUUCUGUAAUUGCCCCACGGAAACUUCCAGCGCUUCGAUCUCUUUUUGAAAGAGCAUCCUCAGUUGCAGGGACACCAGAAUCUGCACACCCAGACUACAGCCAAGACCCUUUUCACAUGGUGUUGGUCAGGGGCAUUGCACUUCCUGUCGCUCCUGGAGGAGGUUCUGCCGCAGUCUCCCUUGCACCUGUUGUGCCACCUCAGUCUCUGCCUGUGGCUCAGCCUCCACUGGGCACUGCAGCCCAAGCUGCUACUCCAAUGAGCACAGCUCUUCAAUACCCGAAUAACCCCUCUCUAAAUGCAGCCCAUAGUGCAGCAAUGAAGGUACUAGAUGCUGCUAAUCAGCAGAAGAGAUUCCCACAAUUGCCAACAACCCCUUUCAGCCAAGCGCCAGUUCAUCCAUCAGGAGGUAAACCCAGCCUGUCUACAGUUACCACAGUAUCACCACCAGUCUUAACACAGCAACAAGUUCCACCCCAGCAGCCACAGCAGCCCCCACAAGUCCAGCCACCAGUUCCAACCGCACCCAAUCAGCAACCACCUCAAGCCCCCCAACAGCAGCCCACAGCCAAUCAGCAGACGCCACCACAAUCUCAGCCUGGCAUGCCUGCUGUUCCUACACCUCAGGCUGGAUCACAGCAAGGUGUUGCCAGUAAGAUUGUGGCUUGGAGCGGAGUUCUAGAAUGGCAGGAGAAGCCCAAGGCUUCCUCCAUGGACUCCAACACCAAACUGACACGCUCCCUGCCCUGCCAGGUCCAAGUCAGCCAAGGGGAGAAUCUAAAUACAGACCAAUGGCCACAGAAACUAAUCAUGCAGCUCAUCCCUCAGCAGCUCCUGACUACUCUGGGUCCUCUGUUCAGGAACUCACGUAUGGUGCAAUUUCUCUUCACUAAUAAAGAUGUGGAGUCUUUGAAGGGACUGUAUCGCAUUAUGGCCAAUGGAUUUGCUGGCUGUGUACACUUCCCCCACAGUGCUCCGUGUGAGGUGCGUGUGCUGAUGCUGCUGUACUCAUCCCGGAAGAGGAUCUUCAUGGGACUCAUCCCUAACGACCAGAGCGGAUUCGUCAAUGGCAUUCGGCAGGUCAUCACCAACCACAAACAAGUGCAGCAACACCGCUCAAUGAACAAUGCAGCUCAGAUGCAACCCGGGCAGGUCCCAAACAAUCAGAACUUCCUCAACAGACCGCCAGGUCCCAUCCCUGUUACACAUGGCAGCGUGCAGCAGCAGUCUGUGGUGGUGGGCUUGCCCUCUGUCAGUCAGGUCACACUGAUGGAGGACCAGCAGAGACAAAACAACAUGCUGAGAGCUGCUGCAACUGGCAAUCAGCAGCCACCGGUCACUGGUGCCCCACCCAAUCAGGUGGCACAAGGUCAAGCCCAGCCUCCUGGUGGCAUGCUUCGCCUCCCAAACCCAGGAGCAAAUCCCCAACUCCGCAGCCUCCUCCUUAGCCAGCAACAGCCUCAAGGUGGGAUGCAGGGCAUGCAGGGAAUGCACCCCAUCCAACAGAUGGUCCAUCCAGCACCAGGAGGGGGCACUCAGAUGCAGCCUCAGUGGAGGCAACCUCACCAAGGUCAACUGAUGAUCCCUACCGGUCCACGGGGUCCAGUCACACAGAAUCCUGGGAUGCCAUCGGUUUCCAGUGUCAUGGAGGAUGAAAUUCUUAUGGACCUUAUUUAAGGACUGCUUUACCCAUCACUGAUUCCUCAAGAGGUUUCAUUACAAAACACAGGGAGUUAUCUAAGCUCUGUUUCUUUUACUUUUUGUUAGAAGCAACUGCAUAGGGGAAGAAUAAAGGUAUAUAGGUAUGGAGUGAGAUGAGAGCUCUAUUUUCAUACUGAAGUAUUCAAACACCCCUUGAAUGAAUCUUGUAAGUGGUAACGUGACUGAUCACUUAGACUCACUCAGUCUGUGGGACUGAAGAGCUAGAAGUUUAUAAAUCGGGCUCUGUUUCAUCACUCUCUAAUGAUACGCCGCCUCCUCACACCCGAUCAGGAUAUUAUCGUAUUUUUAUGACAGUUUAACUUUCUGUAGGUUUUACUUUUCUUAAUUUGUCUCUGGACGUCUAGAAUAUGUUGUUUUAUGAAACUGAAAUAAAGUUAAUUUUGUCAAACAAUUUUUGUGGAAGGUCUUCCGGCAUUUUGCUGCACAUAACAGUAAAAGUUUAAAACUUGAUGGACAGGUGAGUUGGCGGUCCUUGGCUGUUCUUUGAAUACAUUUGAAUGCAUGAGCGUUUACACUGUAAGUGCGGUGUGGUUGAAUUUGUUCUUAUUAUAUGUUUUCAACCACCUCUCAAAAUGGUUGAAGCGGACACAUCUCAAAAUGUUUUGGACUCUGUUUACACCUGUACACUCAAAAAAUAAAUCAUUACCCUUA